UUUUGCUUUUCGGUUAAAAAGUACUCUAAUGUGGAAGGUAACCAAAGAACAGCGUACGCGCAUCCGGAAAAACAUAAACAUAAAACGCGCUAACAUCUGGAGCAAUCAAUAGCAGAACCUGCUAAUACCAAGGUAAAAUGUGAGGAGCUCCAUUGUGAUUAUUUCCUGAAUCCAAAGAGAGCUUCAGAAGAAUCCACACAUGGUCAUGAGCAUGGAAUUGAUGUAAACAAGGGAGACAACAUUUCUGCAGACUGUUCCUUUGGUUAUCCUGCACAUUUCCUGCCAGUAAAGAAAACUUGCUUACCACAGAUUCACGCUAUAUCUCACCCACCCGAAUCUUAUGAACUGUCUAAAGUGCUUAUUAAAGACAAGUAUUGUAUAAAUGUUCGUGAAAAAAAGUUGGGUGAUCUUGACUUGCCUCCUGCCAUCAGCGAUAUAGAGAGUUAUGAGCUUUCUAAGGAUGAAGAAAGUAACUGCUCAAGAAGUGAGCAUUGCCCUGAACAAUUGUCUGAAACUGCUGACACUUCAAAUGAACCAAAAACUGAAAUAGCAAACAAAGACCAUCUGAGUACAGAGUAUGUUUUAGAGUUUCAAAAUACAAGUUGUUCUGACUUUGCAUCAAUCAAAAGAGUUCCUAAAUAUCUUACAAAACCAGUAGCAAGUUCUGACAGUCUGUUCGUGAAUUUAGACUCUCAGUCGCUUUAUUCUUUGUCAGGAGAAGCAAGCAGUGAUUUAUGCACCAAGAAUUCUGUUGAAGGAAAGGUAGAAUCUGAUGACACAGGUCUUGGAUCGGAUGAAAAAGAAAAAGACACUGAACCAGAAGCUAUUGAUUUAAGUACAGAUGUAUGUUUGUAUGAAGUCGGAAUACAUAAUUACAGCAUUGUUGAAAGAAAAAACUCGCUAGAUUAUGAGCAUUUCCAAAAUUCAUUUAAUGAAAACAAUGUUCUUUUAGUACAUGAUAUACAGAAUAUUGACAAUGCAGUGCAUGAUAGUAAAUUCUCAGCUGCUCAUGAUGACUAUGUAAAAGAAAAUGUUGAACUGAAAGAAGCUGUAAAUGAUAUACUUGUGGAUGAAAGUAUUGGACAAUGCAAUGAACCUAAUGCCAAUCUGGAUUUAACUUCAAAUGAACACAAAACUGAUGUGUUGUUUACUACUCAAAACAACCAACUUCACGGAACAGCACAGGAAUACUUACAGAAAUCAGGAAAAGUUAAUCUAGAAUGUUAUAGUACUGCUGAAAACACCGUUCAUGUGACACCAGAAACUGUACAAGAUCAACUUGUUCAUUCUUAUGACCAAAGCACAGUAAAAUCAUCGGAAAAAGACAAUAAUGUGUCUGCUGAAAGCCAAAUAAUUAAAGAGAAAGUAAAUGAUUUCAGUGACUCAUGUUUAAACAUUUUCAUCAAAAAUGAUGAUAGGCAAUCUAGACUUUUAGGCAAACCUCGCAGUUCAUCUCUGAUACGGACUUUUCAGACUCAGCGAUCCGAAAGUGUUGGUUCUGGUUGUGAAUCAUUCUACUCGCUCGACAAUAACAGCUUUACUGGCUCCCCUGUGGCGGCUAGAAUUAAAAAGACAUUGACUUGGACGCCAAGGGUCCUGUCAGAGAACAAGUUUGCAAGUAGCCUAAGUACAGGCACCUUUUCAGAUGCUGCUAGCUUUUAUACUGCUGAAACAAGUGGCACAUUUUACUCAGCAUUGUCAUUUCAACAUGAGAGUUCUGAAAAUACGGAACAGUUUCAGACUUGCGAAGACCUCCAGGCUGUUCAAGAUGUGGUAGAGGAGGAUAAGGAAGAAAGGUCUAAGUUGUUUAGAGCCAAAACUGUCUUAAAUAGAGGGUGCGAAUUUGUACGUUCCAAGUUUAAAAAUCACUUUCAGAGGUUGCCAAAUUUUGUCAAUAGGACAUCAUUGAGUUCUGGUGUAUUGUCUGUAAAAUUCUGUCAUCGUGGUUGUGGAUUUUCCUGUAUGCAGCCUGGAAGGGAUAAUUCACUGUACAACAUAACAGAACAGUGUUUUCAUCAAGGCUUAGGAAUAAGGGGUAAUAAUUUAGAUUCAGGAAUACAAGAGGAUCCCAUUGAGAUGACAAAACUUGCACCAGAAAAUAAAAGUCAUGCUGAGGUUAUGGCACUUAAACAAGACUUACAGAUAACUGCAGGAGCUGUUAGACCAGACAAUGGAAAACCUGAAAAUACUAGUGUGGGAUUGGGGCGAGAAUAUGACCAAUGUGUCAAUGAAUUAGAGCCAGAUGUAGACAGAGAUGCUGGCAGAAGGGUUGGUCCUCCAGGAGUGAAGAUCAGGAGGAAACUUGUUGGGAAUGUUGUGAAACCAAGUGUGGAUGCUCAUGAACUGUUACAGCUGACAGAGAACUUUGAUGACGACCUAAUGGAGUCAAGCGAUGAUGCGUUUGAAAAAGAUGAUGCAACACGAGAGCCAAAACAAUAUUUGAAGAGUGAAGACUUGAAGAGUGAAGACCAUCGUUGUGGAGAAUAUGAUGAACACGACGGGGCGUCUCUGUCAGAGAGGGCUGCCAACAGGAUGGGUAGUCUAAUAAGGGAGACAACUGGGGAUGAAGAUGAUCUGCCAGUUGGCUGUGAGGCUGGAUCGAUGAAGAAAAUGAAGGACAAAAAUGACAGGAAGUCCAGUGAAAAGCGACUUCAAUGGAGAUCUGUUGUGGAGAAGAGUGUAACAUCCAGUCUGAACAGCAGACCGACCCAAACGCUUCGUUCCUGUGUUGAGCAGAUUCUAUGCCAGCGAGAGAUGGACCCGGAAACUGUGCUACGCAAUCUUGGUUUUGAUGGCUCCAGCGCCGACGACCCCCUAAACAGAAUACCGGACAGGUUCCUGGCACACCAGAGAUUACUACAGGAAACCAGUCUGGCUCAGUAUUUGCUGAGUCAUCCUGAACUGCAGGGUCAACUUCCUGUGUCUGGUUCCCAGCCGUUCUCAAGCCCUCAGCUGAUGGAGAACUGGGCCCAAGAUCAAAGCGCUGCCGGGUCUUCCAAAUCGAAACGAAAAGGUUCCCUGCACUCCUCCUUCUCCACGGUGGCUCGCAGUAUACGCUUCAUCCAGGGAGCCCAGACCCAGGCGCAGGCUCCUGUAUCGCCUGACGAGGAGACCAAGGUGCUCAGCGCCAUCCCCAGUAUUCUCGACCUACCCAAUAGGAGGGCACUAGCCCGCCAGGGAUUCUAUGGCCCAGAGUACAUCGUGCGGAGAUCGUCUGAGACCGGACAGGACGGCAAGUCUCCCAAGGGGUCCAUGUCCGCAGCAGAACGACGCAGACAGUUCCAUUACAAAGUCAAGAGUCGGAACCAGAACUGGUCGCUGACAGAGGAGCCUAAGGAGAACAAGGAUCACACGCAGCAAGACCAGGGGCCAGCGAGGGAGUCGGUGGAUAGCUGGGACCGGGCAAUACUGCUGAAGAGCUUUAGUGAUCGGAUUAGCUCAGAUUCGUCGUACGAGAGUAACGACUCAGUUGGCGAAGAGAGGGGCCGCCUCAAAAGGGAGAACUCAAUAAGUAACCUGCGCAGGCAGUACCAGAACACCAUACGUCAGAGUGUCGACAGAGACGGGUCUGUUUUUACUGUGGAUAAGGAUGACGUUGAAUCUGUGUUGGAGAAAUCGCCGCACCGCAUCACGGAGCUCAGACGUCGACAGGUUGAAGGACUCAUGCUUUCCAUGGUCGACGACGGCGAUUAUUGCACUGAAGAUGGAACUGUACCUGCUUCUGCUUCAAGCAGAACUUUAGCUUUUGUUAAUGCUCAAAACUCAAAAAUGUCCACUCUCACAGGCUCACCGCUAACUCCGAAGGAAUUCAGUUAUUCGUUCGAAGAUCGACUCAAAGACGGCGAAAGUGAGUUUGACUUUGAGAAGCAGCCGAAACCGGCCAAGUCCUGUGUCAGCCGUCCCCAGAAUGUGAGUAUAAUCAUUGAAGAAGACGCCUCGUCACUGGACGGUGUUUCAAAAAAGGAGGUAAAUCCGUUACUACAGGCAGUAUCGAGCAAGAAUGAGUUGUCUUUUCCUGUUCUCACUCAAAGGUCUGACUCCUCCAACACCCUGGUUCCGACAGAGAGCAUGGGUGACAACGACCCCGAGUCUGACUUCGCAUCGAAAUCUGGUGACCUUGACCUUGAUCCGUGCUACGCAGACGCUUUAUCAGAGUCUGCAAGCUCCCUCAUGAGUGGAGAAACCGUCAUUAGAGGCUUGUCACCUUUUGAACAUGCUGGCGAAAGGACUGUUAGGUUUCCUGGAUCGAGGCAAUCUAUGGACGACAAACGACUGAAACCUUUAGUGAACCCCCCGCAGGAGUCGUUUGAACUUGAAGAAAUAUCGAGUGCAGACGUUGCCCAUGAGGAUGUGGGUGGGGUAUCACGUAGGUCGUCUAUCCGUAGAGGUCAUAUGGAAAAAACAGCCAGUACCCAAUCAGACAGCUCUGGGUUUGCAGACAUUGAUCCAGCAGGGGAGCCAACUCUAGCUGACCACAAGAUCAGACAGGCAACAAUGCUGAACGAGGUCCCAGAACUUGCAGAAACCAGUAAACUAGUGUCAGUCUCUCGAAAAUUCAGAAAUAUUGUAGAACAGGACUACGAAGAUAAUUCGAAUCCAGCCCUCCGGACCAUUGCAUACACAGCUGAAACCGAAACUGGCAACAAGUCAGUUUUGUACACAGUCGAUCUUCCCUUGAUACCAUUACCGUGUCAACAGUUGGCUAAAAAUAGCUUACAGGACCAGUCUAGGCAACCGCGGUAUGUUUCUUCCCUUAACUUGGAGACGGAAUUGUUGGAUGACGACGAAAGUGAAAAGAGCUCAGAAAGUCGUGUUCGAGUAAAACCAGUGGGACCUGCUGUGUUUCUAACAUUGCAUGAUCUUAAAAACAAUCAGAGCCAUCUAAGUGAUGAGAACGAUUUUGAAAACUGUGAUAAUAACUUAAGCGCAGGUGAAUGGAGAAAAGAAGGAUUGGGCAUCCAUGAUGUGAAUAAUGAAACUGCUAAUGACAGUCAACAGACGUUCCAGAGGGAACGAGAUGUGAUGCAGUCCAAGCAGAGCAUUCUUCAGAGAAAACUUUCCAAGCAAUCAAUGGUGGCAUCUAAAACGCAGACAGCUGAUUGGUUGCUGAAUAAUGAGUCCAAGCGAAAGGCGUUCAAAAUGGGACGUCCAAACUGGGCCUCGACGCCUAAUUUGAAACCUAAGGGUGACGCUAGGGUAACGGGUGUCUGGAAAAGACAUUUCCAAAUGGAGGAAUCAAUGUCCUUGGAUAUACCCCCAGAGGAAUCUGGUGACGAACUGUCCUUGAAACUGCGGCAACAUUCUCUAGACUUUGAUCAUGAGAAUAUUCUAGGUAACGCGAAACCCCAUUUGAAGCAUCUGCGGGGUGACUCAGCCUGCGCGUCUCUCGAUGAAAGCAUGUAUUCGUCAAAGUCAUCGAUGCUGGGUAGUUACCAGGGGGUAUCUGAUGAGUAUCUCAACUAUCUGCGCCUCGCACGUUUGGUCAAUGGGCCGAGCCCAAUAAUGGAUAUAAUACCAAAAAUGCCCAAUUUGAAGUUCCGACCAACUAUUCAUAUGAAGAACUGGUCAAAGAUUCCAAAACAGAAGAUGCUUGAAGAGGAAACCAGACUAAUGCAGCAUGCAGUCCAGCGCUACAAGACUGAGCUGGCAAUGAUGGAGAACAUGCUGUUUAGUCUCUACAGUAGGGUGCAGUCUGACCUCGUUCCUGAGGAAAGAGCGGACGUUGAGGAGUUACAGCAGCUGUGGAGUCAGGUGCGCAAGGAGGUGAUCAAGAUGGAGGAUCUCCUGGUUGACAGACUGCGCGCAGUCCUCGCCGGCAACGCUAGCUUCAGCCCGCUUGACUCCCUGGAGAUUGUUCAGAUGAUGAUUGAUCUUCUAAGAGAGCAGCUGUACCACCAACAAAUGUGCAUCGCACGCGACGUGAGCUUCUCUGACGACGAAGAAGAUGAGGGUACUGGCCAUUUCCCAGCCCGGUCAUUGAGUGGGGCCUCUGUCCCGUCCACGUCUGGGCUGACUGGUUCCUCUGUGGACAGUGCAUGGGCGCGAGAGUUGUCCAAUCAGAUGAACGAGCUGAAAACCAGUCUUGAAAUGACGAAGGAGUCUCAGAAACGGGAACUGAGAGAGCGAAUAUCAGAGCUGAAGACUGGUUUACUUAGUGAAGUUCACAGAGAGGUUGAGACGCCAACUCAGAACAAGCGAAUGCUCGAGCUCGAACUACAGGCUCGUGAAAAUGAGGUCCGCAGGCUGAGAAUGGAACUACUUUUGCAGAGCGUGAAUACAGGAGGGACCAGGCGUAAGCAGGUCUUUGAAAGUGACGUCUGAUGGUUGGACAACAAAUAGUGCCAAAAUAUGCUUCCUUUUGUAAAUUGGAUUGUUUUAAAUGAGCCAUUUAUGUUGAAAUUGUCAAAGAACUUCCGAGAACUGCUGAAAUAUAUGUUCAAUUAUGAUAUGAAAUCAUUUUUUGUGACAAAUCAAAUUGUUGGCUGAAUCGACCAAUCAAAUAAGGUGCUGCUUUGUAUUGCUCAUGUAUUUGUGAGUUUUGGCCUCAUUGUGUUCACAAAUGAGGGCCAUUUAAUUGCAACCAUCAUGCCAAAUGUCCUUGGGUCCAAUGAACUGAGAACGAGAAUAAUGCACAGUGUUCAAAAUUGUUUGUUAUUGGUGGCAUAGAGUGCAACUAUUGUCACCCCUCAAAAUGUCGAUAUCCUUUACAUUUCCAUACAAUCUGUCAAUCAAAUCAAUUUAUUUUACAUUCCUGUAUAUUUUUAUGUAAAAGAAUUGUUGUCUUAGAUUUUUGUAUUAUCUGUUAUUUGUCAUAAGCAUUCCAAAUCAUGGACCAUUUUUAUAAAUUCGUUUAGAAAUGAAUUGUUACAGAUCAUGUUAGUUUGUUCAUGUUUGUAAGAAAUCUUUCUCAAUUUCUAGUCAUUCUUUUCUGAGUUCGUUUUAAAACUUUGCAUGUUUUAAUUGUAUAUGAACAUAUCAUUAUCAUUAAAGAUGGCAUGAUGAAAGACUUUAUUUUAAUAUUUUUAUACUUAAUUUGGCUUUAACACAUUUAUAUUUGUUAAUAUCAUGUUUUCUGUCUGGCACAAUGGUCUGUGCUGCAGAUUUUAACACAUAAAACUGCUGUAUAAGUUAUGGCUUUACUUCCAUUUCAAUUAUGUACUUGUUCAUUUUGAAAUGUGACAUUUGAAGUUUAGUAUUAUUGUAGAAUUAUACAAUUCAAAUGCUUUGCACUUCUGGACUGCUGGUUAACAAAUUGGUAUCUAAUUUCUUUCUAUUGCUCCUUCUGUCUUCAUUCUAUAAUGUGUUCUUGUUGCUGCUUUUGUAAAGAAUUUGUUACUUGUUAUAUUUGCUUAUAUUAGAUUUUUAUAUACAUAAAUAUAUGUUAUUAAACCA